GGUGAGGGCGACGGGGCCGAGGGACGUGAGACGGAGAAAAAGAAGCCGAUAAUGGCGUGCCUGUUCUGCCGUGAGCGGAAGAUCGCGUGUGGCCCACCACCCCCUGGCGGGCCCCGUCGGUGCAACCAAUGCACUCGUCGGGACCUGGUAUGCGAGUAUCCGAAGGAGUCGCGUCGUGGGCAGCACAAGCGCGGCACCCGCGCCGCCCGCGUCGAAGCA